AUGGGUUCUUUAAUGAGAACAACAUCUUUUUCAGAAUCUGAAAACAGUUUUUUUAAGAGGUACUCGAAACCGUUGUUUAAUUUUGCUGACUUCACUCUUCAGUAUAACAAUGCCAUUGAUGCUCAAAGGAAUCAAACUGAAAGGCUUGACUAUUAUGAUUCUGUAAUAUCUCCAAAAUAUGUCUCUGAUUUAGCAUUUGAGAAGCAAUUGGCAUCUGUAUACACGGAUAGGAUGUUUAGAGUGGUACAAGAAUUGAUUUCUGAGGCUGAUAAGAGUUGUCGGAUGAUUAGCAUACACCUUUUCUUCGUCCUCAGAAAUAAAGAUGUCAACAAUAUUCCAGAGAAGUAUGUUGGUAACCGGUGGCUGAAAAGUGAAUUAUUGAAAGCAGUUCAUGGUCUCACGAGUGAUGAAAGUUCUAACGAAGAUGACAAGCUACAGAUUGGUAACAAGUGUCAUGGACGUUACUUUGGUCUAUAUCAACGUGCUUUUAAGAAUAAAAAUCAUCUGAUUGCAUUGGAUAAUUUGCUUGCGGAAAUAACUGCACGUGCUUCAGAUGUGGUUAGUACAAAGGGAGGUGCAAGUGACAAGAAAAGCAGGAUUAAGUCGAGCAUAGAGAAAGCAAUUGAAAAAGCAAGUAAACUUCAUAGGCGUUGUGGAAAGUGUCAUAAAGUGACUGAUCAUAAUGCCAGGAGUUGUGGCAGAAAGUAG